UGGGCUCUCCGAGGACAGCCGGCGGGCCCCCCCAGAUCCGCACAACCAGCCGCCGGGAAGCUCGGGGCUCCGGGCGUAGAGGCUGCGCUGUCACAUGGGCGCCGGCGACGGGGCCGCAUUUAAGCGGCCGGGGGACGGCGCCCGCCUCCAGCGCGUCCUCGGGCUUGGCUCCCGCCGGGCGCCCCGCUCUCUGCCCGCCGGGGGCCCCGCGCAGCGCCGCACCGCGCCGCCUCCGCCCGGCCAUGCGAGCGCGGGCCCCGCCGCGAUGAGCUCGCACAUAGCCAAAAGCGAGUCCAAGACGUCGCUGCUGAAGGCGGCGGCGGCGAGCGGGGGCAGCCGGGUGCCCCGCCACGGCCCUGCCCGGGAGCCAGGGCUGCCCAGCCGCCGGUUGCCCGGCACCUGCCCGAGCACGCCGCCGCCGUCCGGGGACCCCAGUUCGCGGAGGCCCCUGUGCCGGCCGAUGACGCGAGAGGAGGGCGCGCGGGGGAGCGGGCGCGGGCUCCCCCAGGCGCACUGCAGGCCCCGGGAGGCGCUCCCGGCCGCGGCGUCCCGACCUUCGCCGCCGUCGCCGCUGCCUCCGGCCCGCGGGCGGGAUGGGGAGGAACGGGGGCUGUCCCCGGCGCUCGGCCUCCGGGGCUCGCAGCGAGCCCCGGGUCGCGGGGACUCCGCUCCAGCCGCCGCGUCCGAGGCAGACCCGUUCCUCCACCAGCUGCGCCCCAUGCUCAGCUCCGCCUUCGGCCAGGACAGAUCACUGCGGCCAGAGGAGAUCGAAGAGCUCCGAGAGGCCUUCAGAGAAUUUGACAAGGACAAGGACGGCUACAUCAACUGCCGGGACCUGGGCAACUGCAUGCGCACUAUGGGCUACAUGCCCACGGAGAUGGAGCUCAUUGAGCUGUCUCAGCAGAUCAACAUGAACCUGGGUGGCCAUGUGGAUUUUGAUGACUUUGUGGAGUUAAUGGGACCUAAACUCCUGGCAGAGACAGCAGAUAUGAUCGGAGUAAAGGAACUGCGCGAUGCUUUCCGAGAGUUUGACACCAAUGGUGAUGGGGAGAUAAGCACCAGUGAGUUACGAGAGGCCAUGAGGAAACUCCUGGGCCAUCAGGUGGGACACCGAGACAUAGAGGAAAUUAUCCGAGAUGUGGACCUCAAUGGGGAUGGACGAGUGGACUUUGAAGAGUUUGUCCGCAUGAUGUCCCGCUGAGGCCUCGAGGGCCCUCCAGGACUGCCAAGCUCCCAUGGGCGGGGGAAGAGGAGCUGGAGCUCGCCUCACCUCGCCAUAGUCGACGCCGCCGAGAGCCAAGGACGUAUUGGCGGAUGGGGCCUGCCUGCACCCCGGGGAGGUGCCCACCCCGGACCCCCACCCCUCCGCACUGUGAAAGACUCACAACUCCUGCAACUGGAAAGGGGGUGCCCACGAAAAGAAGGCCACAGUGCCAAGCUGGCAGAGGUCAUGCCAGGCACCAAGUGCCACGUGCCCAGCCGCUGCUGGCCGGGUGGACCAGGGAGCCCGCCAGCAGAUCCCACACAGCAUGUCCGCCCCAGGGCAAAGCCUCUCGCAUUCUCUCUAGCUCGUGCCUGUCCCAGCUCGCCUCAGCCCUGUUAUCUCAGAACCAAUAAAGAUAUUUCCACGAGAAGGGCAGCCGUGGGGGUCUUUGCU